GUUUCUCUACGACGUCAGAUGUGGGUGCUGAUUGGAGGUUCGGCUGCUGGUCCUCGCGCUCCGGUGUUGAGUAGAAAAAUCAAGAAGAACGGCCGUGCGCGCGCACGCUUUGAACAGCUUGGGACACUUACAUCACGACUUCCCAGCACAAUGCAGCACCUCAGACACUGCAAACGUUUUGCCCUUGUUUCAUUUCCCAUUACUCCAAGGCAGCUGAAGAGCCCCAUUCCUGCAGUAUCUGUGCGCUCCGGAUUUCUCGCUCUGCAUUCGAGAAGCAGUAGCCAAGAUCAGCACCACUCCAGAUCCAGAAGAUUGAGGUUCAGAUAUGCAGUAACCGGCCUGGUCGCUGGAACCGGAGCCGUACUAGCUUAUGGACUCGCACAAUAUCACAAUAAGGCUGAGCAAGCAACGAUUCCACUGACUCAGGCAAACUCUCUACCAGUAUACAGCCGGGAAGAAGUUACAAAACAUUGCUCCAUUGAAAAGGGUAUAUGGGUCACUUACAAAGGUGGGGUCUAUGAUAUCACUGACUUCGUGGCCAUCCACCCUGGCGGCGACAAAAUCCUUCUAGCUGCUGGCAAGUCUUUAGAACCCUUUUGGGCACUUUAUGCUGUUCAUGAACAAGAGCAUGUUCUAGAAAUUCUGUCUGAGUAUCAAGUUGGAGUUCUCCAAGCAGAUGAUAGCAAGGAGGACAUUAAAUCUGCAGAUCCUUAUUCUACUGACCCACCUCGUCAUCCUGCUCUCAAAGUGAACAGUUUAAAACCCUUUAAUGCUGAAUCACCAACUGCCAUCUUGACUGAUAGUUACAUCACCCCUUCUGCCAUUUUUUUCAAGCGAAACCAUUUUCCCGUUCCUCGUGUGGAUCCUAAAACUUACAGGCUGAAAAUUGAGGGCCUUCCUGGAGGUACAGUGUCUCUGACCUUAGAUGAUCUUAAGUCUCAUUUUCCUAAACAUACUGUAAUGGCAACCCUCCAGUGUGCUGGGAACCGUCGUUCUGAGAUGAACAAAGUGAAGCAGGUCAAAGGACUAAACUGGGAAAUUGCUGCGAUCAGUAAUGCUACAUGGUCAGGUGCUUAUCUAAGAGAUGUCCUCUAUCAUUACGGCUUUGGUCCAGAGCUGGCAGCUAAAGCACGGCAUGUGCAGUUUGAAGGUUUAGAUUUGGAUGUGACCGGUACAGCAUAUGGAGCAUCAAUCCCUUUAAACAAGGCCAUGAGUGAAGAGGGUGAUGUCCUGUUGGCAUACGAAAUGAAUGGAGAGGAUCUCCCAGCAGAUCAUGGCUUCCCCGUCCGUGUCAUUGUUCCAGGAUUUGUUGGAGCCCGAAACGUCAAAUGGCUCGGCAAGAUAAUCAUUAGCGAAGAAGAAAGUCAGAGUCACUGGCAGCAGAAUGACUACAAAGGCUUUUCACCAGGCACUGAUUGGGACACAGUGGACUUUAAAUCAGCUCCUGCCAUCCAGGAGCUUCCUGUCCAGUCAGCCAUCACAAAUCUGACAGAUGGUUCCUCAAUAGACAGAGACAUGGAGAAUGUCACUGUUAAAGGUUACUCUUGGAGUGGUGGAGGAAGGGAGGUGGUGAGGGUGGACGUCUCAUUGGAUGGAGGGAAGACAUGGCAUGUGGCCAAACUUCAGAAUAGCAAGGAGGGAGAAACUUCUGCACCUUCUCCUCCACCUGGUCAAGCUUGGGCCUGGAAACUUUGGGAAAUAACAAUUCCAUUACCAGAAGGAGCUCAGGAGCUGGAGGUUGUUUGCAAAGCAGUUGACAGUAGUUAUAAUACCCAACCAGAGUCUGUGGCACCUAUUUGGAACUUGAGAGGUGUUCUUAGCAACGCUUGGCAUCGAGUCAGGGUGAAAGUAAAAUGAGGAUUUGGAUGAAAAUCCAAAGAAGUGAAACUUUACUCAGGAAAACUUCAUACUUUAUAUGGCUCCAAGUAUUUAGGGGUUCCACCACGACCGUCUGAAAUGCUCGAUUUAGUCUACAGUAUUAGCAUCAUACACUGAACAGGCCACAAAGCUGGAUGAGAUUAAGGUUUUGAGUUUAAAACCAUCAUAACAAUAACCACUUUAUAUAUUUUUGUGUUGAUUGUCCACAAUGGGAAAUCACUUCUUGGAUUGUUUUUUUCUGUUCCGUUUGCCAAUUACUGUUCAUAUUUGUCUGUUCAUUUGCAGAUUUGUACAUAACUAUAGUUCCUAUAGACUCUCCAUAAAUGUAUGCACAAAGAUGUGGCAAGAUAUCAUUUUCAUUAUAACGGGUAUUUCAUUCAGUGGCAGCAGACUGGAUUUGCUUAGAAAUAAAAAUGUGUUCAUACUCAAAAAUGAUGGUCCAGUACUAGUGACAGGAAAGUUGUGAAUUCAGGUCCCAGUACUACCUUAUUGCUACUUGCUGGACCUUUAAACAAAAUCCUUCUUAGUUGUUGUUAAAUGGCUUUCAUUGUGACUUCCAAAUCACCUAAAGUGUCUGCCAAAUUAAAAUAUAUAUAACAUCGGCUAUCUUUGCAGAACAAGGACAUAAACAUUGUUUAGCAUGUGUCUAAACUGCCUGAUGUUUUAAAAGUCAAUUAUUUUUGAAACUGCAUAUACGCUAUAUUGCCAAAUGUAUUGGGACACCCCUCCAAAUCAUUGAAUUAAGUUAUUGUUUUUUUAGGGGUCGGGCUUGACCUCUUA